AUGGCUGCACCUUCGUACCCACCAGCACCCCAAGGCUCGACGCGAGGGCCGUCCAAGAAGGCCAUCAAGAGAGCCCACGCCGCGCCGAUCGCGGCCAUGACUGCCAAAGCCAACCAGCCGCCGCCACUCGUUCGCAGCGGCAGCAAGCGACCGCGGCCGUCCGAGUCGUCCUACAAUGCGACCGACGUCGAUGCGGAGCAGCAACCACCUGCAACCGCGGUGAGGAAGGUCGUCGGCAUGAAGGCAGUUGCUGCAGCGGCCAAACCGAGACCGUCCUCGAUCACCGGCGAUGGGAGCGCUUUCAAGAGGGGCAUGUAUCUCACCUUCAUCGAUGACGCCUUCAAGCGGAGACAACAGGUACGACAUACUGGCGGGCGCUGGGAUAAGAGUUGUCAUGUGCUGACACGUGUGAUCCAAAACUUUCACAGGGGCAGAACGAACGUUACAAAGAGCUCAUCGCCCAGUUCCUCGCCAUCAUCCCCUCGACUUCCUCCGCGCCGCAUGCGAGCUCAUCCACCUCCACCUCGUCCUUUACAUCGGCGGAAACACCGACCACGGCGUCGUUGCGCGUGUGGCUCGAUGCGCUAACCCAUAUCGUCUCCAAACUCGACGCGACCCACGCCCCACUCGUCGAGACGAUCCUCGCUGUACCUUGGGCGACGAUGGACGACGGCUUUGUCACGGUUUACGUCAAGUUCAUCAGCGCGCUCGUCUCGGCACGACCCGAAUGGCUGCAAGCCGUCCUGAGCCCUUGUGUACAAGGGUUCAGCUACCGUGAGUCCUGACGUCAGCCCCACAUGAAGCCUGUGGGACUCAUUCUCUGCCUCUGGCACGCAGGCUCGAAAUACACCGUCGGCUCCCCGGCAGCGAUGCCAUCAAUCACACGGGGAAUACUAUACAGCCGACUCCACGCGAUGCUCACCAUGCUCCUUUCCCUGAUUCCGACCCUCGCACCUUCCCUCGCACCCCUCCUGUCGAUCCAUUUCCCCGCCAAACGCGAGCCCAAGAUUGCGCAAAUUUGCUACAUCGAGAACCUGCUCAUGCUGAGCGAGUACUGCUCGGCUCUGACGGAAGACAUCAUGGGCUUGAUCGUGGAGAGAGCGCUCAACAUCGACGUCGAGAUCCAGGGGGAACCUGAUGAUUGGGAGGACGCUGAGGACGAGCUGCUCGGGAUUCAGCCGCGGGAGGACGAAGCGAACGUCAAGGAUGUCGUCGGUCGACUGAUUGCCGAAGACGCGGAUGCCUCGAGUGACGAUGAGGACGAGAAUGACGACGGUGAUGCUUUCAACAUGGAGGACCUCGACUCGGACGACGAACCAAACCCCAUCAGCGACGACGAGGCGGCGAAAAAAGUUCGGUCAAGCGAGGGUAUGUCGGUCGAGGCACUGCGCAAGAUUCUCGAGCGGCGGACCAAACUCGACGCGAUCCUCAAAGUCGUGCUCGACCACCUCGCCAAUGCGCAUGCCGAGGUACCCUCCUCCCCUCGCCCCCCUCUCACGAACGAGGGCCUCGACUCGACCGAGACCACACCCACCCCUGAGACCCGACCGUCACAAGAAGUCGUGGACCGACGACUCGCGCUUUUUCGGUCGUUGCUCGACAUCUUCGAUCGCACGCUCCUGCGCACGUUCAAGACGCGCAACACGCAAUUCAUCCUCUUUUACCUGUGCUCUCUCGACGUCGCCUCGUCGGAUCAGUUCAUUGGUGUGCUGCUGGGGCGGGCUUUGUUCCAGACGGAUGCACCGGCGAUCACUCGUGUUGCCGCCGCGGGAUACGUCGCAAGCUUCAUUAGUCGUGCCACGUAUGUCGACGCCAGCAUGACGCGCAAGGUCGUCCAUCACCUGUGCCGCUACCUCGAGACCUCCAUGGAAGAUUUUGCCGCGGCCUCGCGUGUCUUCACUGGACCCAAAGCCUCGGCAACAUCGAGCAUGGCCAUCGAUCUGCCCGUCUUUUACGCCGUCACUCAAGCCGUCUUUUAUAUCUUUUGCUUCCGCUGGAAGGACCUGAUGGACGAAGGCGAGGAAGACGACCUCGUGCUCGAAUCGGGCAGGAGGUGGAUGUUGGGCCUGGAGACGAUCAAAAAAGUUGUCGCUUCGAACUUUAAUCCGCUAAAGGUGUGCGCUCAAUCGAUCGUGCAGCAGUUCGCGACGAUCGCAAACAAGACCAACUUUCUCUACUGCUGGUCCCUCAUCGACUCGAACCGUCGGUCAGGGGUAAGCGACGCGAACGCACCUUCUGCUGCGACAUCGUACGCGGUCCCUCACCUCAAUCGACAAGCGCCGCCACCUCCUUCCCGCUCCUCCUCGGUCGCGUCAAUUCCGUCCGCCGCCCCACGGCAAUUGCUCGUCGCGGAGGAAAUGGAUUCAUUCUUCCCCUUUGAUCCUUUCAAGAUGCCGCUCUCGUCCGUCUACAUUGACGGCAUCUAUCGCGAAUGGAUCGACGACGACGCCAGCUCGUCUGAAGCAUCGUCCGACACUUCGUCGUCCGAAGCGAGUGAUUCCGAAGAUUCGGCCAGCGAUUGCGAUCCUGUGUCGGAUACUACGAGUGGGUGGGCCGUACCGGGUUUGUUGUCGACGAGUAGUGAUCCGGCUUUGGAUGCCGAAGUCGCGAGGUCGUUCGAGGCGAUGAGUCUCAGUCUUUCUCCGCAUCACGAAUCGUUUGGAGGGCGUCGCAAAAAGGAAGAGGAUCGACGGCCGGCCAUCUCGAGUUUGGCUUGA